CUCCCCCGACGGGAUCCACCUUGAUGUGGUGGGGGAGCUUGCGGGCCUUUAACUAGGUCUUACCAAGUGGUCCCAACCCGGCUGUGACCUUAAUCGGUUGGAGCCGGAGUUUCAAGAGCCGCCCUCGCCUUAACUGGCUGGGGUCGGCAGGUUGGAGGUAGCCUGCUAGCGCCAGCAAAGCCCUAGUGGAAGGAAAACCACGAUAAAAAAUUCUGAGUCGGCUCUUUCUCUGAAUAGGUGAUAGGAGAAAGGGCCGGUAAGGUCGGAGGCAGCCUGCUCGCGCUGAGCAAAUGCCCUAAGGGAAGGACAACCCUGAAAAAAAACCCCUCAACCCCCAAACGCGUGAAGGGGGAGUACUUGGCACAGAGGUCAGUGUGUGUCCACGUGGAACCUGUGGGGACUUGGCACCCCCCACAGUAUUUGCCUUCACUGCGGUACGCUGCACUGCCGCAGUGCGACGUUUUAUUUCAUGCCUACUCGUGGGAACAAUAUGGGGACAAAAGACCGGCUUGAGAAAUUGGCAACUACAAACGAAUCGGAAAUUGGAAACAUUGGAGAUAACGGAAAACGGAACUACAACACUACUGCCCAUGAUGGGUCAAUUGUUUUUAUUGAACAAAAGAUGUACGAUGAGACCGACGACGACGAUAACACUAAUGACGACUAUAAUGAGACUAUUGAGACUAAUGAAGAUGAUGAAGAUGACGACCACAACAACGAUGAUGGAAAUGACGACGACAACGACGAUGAUAGAAAUGACGAUGACAAUGAUGAUGAUGGAAAGGACGACGACAACGACGAUGAUAAAGACGGCGACGAUGAUGACAACGACGACAUACACUGCAGCAGAUCUCCAGAGCGGACCACACCAACACCAGUGCAACUCCAUCACCGAUCCUCACUGAUCGACGCGAUGGACCUGGCCGUCGAUCGCAGGAUCGAAGCUUUCUGCGGACCAAUGCAACUACGGCAUAAACUUGCACUUCAUAUCCAGUCAUCUCCAGAGAUCAAUAUUCUCCCACCCAAGUAUGGCGGAGUGAACACUAUCCGGCAAGUGCAGUCAAAAAUGACUGAAAUCCCAAGUGGACCUGCACGCAGAUCACUUUGGAAGAGGUCCAAAAGACGGGUCUGGAAAUGUUUCGUGAACGUGGCACGUAGAAUAUGUUUCUGCCAAAGUAUUGUGAACGUGGAAUAAUUUAUGUUCAACCUUCUAUGCUGGUAUUACCAGUAGUUACCACAGUCAGCCUGCACUAUUUGGAGUACCGUUAACGUUUCAGAUUGAUGGUUUGCACAUU